AUGGAUGCACUUGACGAACCUGUUACCAAGAUCAAGAGGGAGCUGCUGGCCAAGAAAGACUAUAUCGUCCUGGAUUAUCUCGCCGUUCACCCGGACAAUAAGGGCAAAGGUAUUGGAACGAUGCUUGUUCAGAGCGGGCUGAGACAGGCUGAAAAGAUGGGAAUCGACGUCUUCGUGCUUGCUUUUCCGCAGGGCAAGCCCGUGUACAACAAACUUGGGUUCAAGAUGCUGGACCAGCUCGAGCAAGAUGACACUCCAUAUGGCGGCCAGGGACUAUACGGGACAUACUUCAUGGAGUACGAAGUGAAUAGAGGAGACUAA